AUGCGCGCUUCUCUUGUAUUCUUAUUACUUCUGGCGGUGUUGGCGUCAUCUCUCGCAAGUCCAACCGAUACUGAAAAUCACUUAGUCCGACAACGGCGUCAAAUUAAUUUCCUUGGAAAUACGAGGCUUUUAGUUGAACAAUUGAUUGAGAAUCUGCGUAAAUCAGCAAAAGAUGCUGUUGAUGCUAUAAGAACAUUCAGGGUAGGCGUUUCCGAUCAAGUGAAAGAACUGCGGGAUAGAGUUUCAGCUAACCUUCAGAAAUUGCGAGACAGAGUUACCCAAGCUAUCCAAUCAAUAACUGAUAGGUUCUCCAAUUCGAGUACCGCUGUCAGAGACUGUGUUAACGCUCACAAAGGCGAAACUGAAACUCUAUUCAAUGAGACAUUGAAGAGUACGUUGACAUGCGCUGAUGGACGUGUCAAAGAAAUAGGCGAUCAAUUAGAUGACUUAAAUGAUGUAGCCACUAAUGCUUCAGAGUUCGCCAACACCGCUAUGGAACAGAUGAAGGCAUGCAUGGAACAGAAUCAAGAUUCUCAAAACAUUCUAACAACUGGGUCCUGUUUAGGUAGAGUUGCAAUCCAGACCGAGUUGAAGGCAGGCUCAUUUUUGGCACAAAGUACUUUAGCGAUAAGCCGCAUCAACUUUGCCCUGGCGACACUUCCACUUGCUCUGGAAGCCUGCGCGGGAACACAACUGAUGGUAACAGGAGUCGCAACAACCAAAAUUAUUGUGGAAAUCGGGAGUUGUUCCGCUGCAUCUGUAUUCUCUACAUUCACUGGAUCCAGUUCUUAA